UAAAAUGGAGGUGAUAUGCUCCUGAUGUUUGUGUGUCUUUCAGAGCAGUGCAAUACCGAAACUCGUCUUGUUGAGGAAAAAAUAUCAGCUUUUACUGCAAGAACUGUAAAGCCCGAGGAAAACAAAGAUGAUGACGACGACUCUGUAGCUGAUUUUCUCAAUAGUGACGAGGAACAGGACAGAGUUUCUUUGCAGAAUUUAAAGAAUUUAGGGGAGUCUGCAGCAUUAAGAAGCUUACUGCUCAAUCCACACCUUAGACAGUUGAUGGUCAGCCUCGAUCAGGGGGACGACAAGGCCAAGCUCAUGAGAGCCUGCAUGCAGGAGCCCUUGUUUGUGGAGUUUGCCGACUGCUGUUUAAGCAUCGUGGAACCAUCCCAGAAUAAGGAUCCUUAAAAUGGAUUGUGGUGCUGCUUGCUCCUUCUCCCAGGAGACCAGCUAAUGUGGGGCCCCAAGCAAGGGCAGUGUUUCCAGGACGAAGACCUGCUGGUGUAGGGUAGGUCAUGCGAGUCUUCACCUCCAUUGCUGUGGGCUUAGGUGUCAGACAGAUGGGGGCACUCAAGUGGCACACUUUCAAAUGGUUGUUUUUAAGUUAUUUAUUUUUGGUACAGUUAAGGUAGAUAUCGUGAGAUAAUUUAUCAAGUUUCACACUUGUUUGAGUGAAAACUUGCUCAGUGUUACUAAAUAAAAUCAAGGUGUGGUUCUGUG